ACGAAGAUGAUUAAACUUAUAAUUUUAUUAGUUCCUAUCACGGUAGCGACUGAGACAAUCGAUUUCUCAUCAAGAUCAUUUCCACCUAGCAUAUUUUACCGUAUUAUUGGGGGUAAAAACACGACGAUUGAAAGAGUCCCAUAUCAGAUAAGUCUCCAACAAUAUGGUAAUAAUAAUUGUGGUGGCAGCAUAAUUUCUUUAGAAUGGGUAAUCACAAGUGGCCAUUGUGUUGGUCGAAAACCCGAAGUGCUUACGAUUCGUGCUGGUAGCACGUUUCAUGAUCGAGGAGGGUCUAUUCAUACAGUUAGAGAAAUAGUACGUCAUAAGAAUUAUGAUAUCAAUGAGCACAAUCGAGCUGUGAAUGAUAUAGCUUUGAUUCGAGUGAAUGAAGUUUUUCAAUUUGAUAAAACUCGUCAACCAAUUUCGCUUUUCGAUAAUAGAGAAAAUGUUAUCACUGGAACAAUGUCCAAUAUCACUGGCUGGGGCUCUUUAUGGGAGUUCGGACCCGAGGCAGAAAUAUUACAAAUUGCUAGAGUACCGAUAGUAGCAAAAGAUGUUUGUCAUAAAGCAUAUAUUUCUGUUGGUGGGCUUUUACCAGGUCAAAUUUGUGCUGGGUACCCAGAGGGGGGUAUAAAUGCUUGUAUCGGUGAUUCUGGUGGCCCUCUUGUUAUCAAUGGUCGACUCGCUGGUGUUAUAUCAGGAUCAAUUGGAUGCGCAAGACCUGGAUAUCCAGAAAUUUAUACCGAAGUUGCUGAAUAUCGAUUAUGGAUUAAAGAAAUUGCAGGAAUUAAGAUCAAAAUGUUGAGUCUAUUGACUGUAGUUUUUGUUUUCUCAGUGGCUACUGCUGACCCAUUGAGGUACUUCCCCGCCUGGAGAAAUGGUCGCAUUGUUGGUGGAGAAGAUGCAAGCAUCGAAGAAUAUCCAUACCAAAUAAGUCUUCAGCUAUAUAAGAGUCACAAUUGUGGUGGAAGUAUCAUUUCCAAAGAAUGGAUAGUAACAGCUGGACACUGCGUAGGUGGAGCUACGUCUAGACUUACAAUUCGUGCUGGUAGCACACUUCAUAACAAAAAUGGCAGUUAUCAUAACGUUGCUCAAGUAAUCAGGCAUGAAAAAUAUGGUUCCAAUUCACGUGGUCUUCCAGAAAAUGAUAUAGCUGUUAUUCGAGUGGAAGAACCUUUCCAAUUUGAUGAAACUCGUCAACCUAUUCCUCUCUUUAACGACCUAGAAGAAGCUACUCCUGGUGCAAUAUCUGUCAUCACCGGCUGGGGAAAUACGUUCAAUGGAUUCCCGGAUAAUUUACAAACUGUCAACGUUCCUAUAGUCUCCAAGGCUCAAUGUAAUGAGAGUUAUAAGACAGUGGGUGGAAUUCCUGAGAAUCAGAUUUGCGCUGCUCUCCCUCAGGGGGGUAAAGAUGCUUGUCAAGGAGACUCGGGUGGACCUCUAGCUAUUGAUGGAAGACUCGCGGGGAUCACGUCUUGGGGUAUUGGAUGUGCAAGGCCAGGUUAUCCAGGUGUUUAUACAGAAGUUUCACGGUACAGGUCUUGGAUUAAGCAACAAACUGGAAUUUUUUCAGUGGAAUCUCAAGCUUUUCAAGAGCUAAAACGCGUUCGACGAGUGAUUGGUGGUGAACGUGCAGUUAUUGAAGACUUUCCAUAUCAAGUGAGCAUUCAAGUAUCCAAGCAUCAUGUCUGUGGUGGCAGCAUUAUUGCUAAGAAGUGGGUUAUCACCGCGGCUCAUUGUAUUAAUCACCCUGUAUCUGCAUAUAUUGUACGAGCUGGUACUUCUUAUCUUGUAGGAGGUACUCUUCAUAAAGUUGACAAAAUAUUCAGACAUUCACGAUUUCAUGUAGACAAAUACCAGAGACCAAAUCAUGACAUUGCUCUGAUGCUUAUAAAAAAUACAUUCCUCUUUGAUCGAAAGCAUCAACCUAUUUCUCUAAUUGAUUUUGGUCAGAAGAUAAAACCUGGAGCUAUUGGUAUUACAUCUGGUUGGGGUAAAACAGAAUGGGGUACAUCUGUUCAAUUGCGAACUGUUGCACUUCCUAUUAUUUCUAAGACGAUAUGUAAUUCAAAAUAUUUCAACCAUAAUGGAAUUCCUGACAAUCAAAUCUGUGCUGGACAUCCUUAUGGUGGGAAAGAUGCCUGCACUGGUGAUUCUGGUGGUCCCCUGGUUGUAAAUGGCAGCUUAGCUGGCAUUACAUCUUGGGCUAUCGGCUGUGGAGAAGCUGCUUUUCCGGGUAGUUACACCGAAAUCGCAGCUUAUCGAUUAUGGAUUAGAGAAGUGACUGCAUGGAGUCUUCCACAUCAUCAUCCUGAUCAUCUACCACCCACGUCUGACAUUAGAAUUUAUGGUGGUGAUGAUGCUAAGAUAGAAGAAGUAGCUUUCCAAGUGAGUGUCCAAGUAUCGGGACGUCAUUGGUGUGGUGGAAGUAUUAUUGGUCAUAAUUGGGUUUUGACAGCUGCUCACUGUGCUGAAUUACCUGUACGUGUAUACUCAAUUCGUGCGGGAUCCAUAUUCAAUGAUCGUGAUGGAAACAUCUAUCAAGUAGAUAAAGUAAUAAUACAUGAAGACUAUCAUCAAAUAUUUGGAAUUCCCAUUGAUGAUAUUGCUUUGAUGAGGGUAGAACCACCAUUUGAUUUUGAUGAAGCCUGUCACCCAAUCAACAUGUUCGGAAAAGGAGAAAAACCCGCAAUUGGGUCAAAUGCAAUAGUAACUGGUUGGGGUGAUACUGGAAACUUUCCUAAAGAAAAAAGACUUCAAACUGUAACUGUUCCAAUAAUAAGUAUUGAAAAUUGUCGAGUGGCCUACAAUUUUACUGAUAUUCCUGACCAUGGAAGACUUUGUGCUAUGACGCCUGAAGGUGGUAAAGAUGCAUGCCAAGGGGACUCUGGUGGUCCUUUGACUAUUGAUGGACGACUUGCAGGAGUUGUAUCUUGGGGAGUUGGAUGUGCAAUGCCUGGAAAUCCAGGAGUUUAUGCGGAAGUUCAGUAUUACAGAGAUUGGAUCAAGGCUAGAACUGGAAUUUAUAUUAAUAUUUUAUUUCCAAUAGAAAUCUAUCAAAGUCAUCGUGAUAAACACCAUAUCAGCUUAGAUUUUCAUAUAAAUACCCUCAAAAGUAUUCAGCAGUCAUCCAGUGAACAGUGCCAGUUUGGUUGUAAAAAAAUGUUCAAGUUUUUGAUUCUUUUUGGCCUUGUGGCCGUGGGGCUUGCACAUUCAAUCAAUUGGAUCUCCAACAUCAACCGCUCGACACCUAGUGGACAUAUUGUUGGUGGAGAACCAGUAGACAUCAAAGAAGUACCACAUCAAGUAUCUCUUCAGCUGUAUAAUUUUGCGUUCUGUGGCGGCACUAUAGUAGCUAAAAAUUGGGUACUUACUGCUGCUCAUUGCUCAGCUUAUGGUACUUCUAUUUCAGUACGUGCUGGAACAACCAAGAAAGAAGUUGGUGGCACUGUUCACUCUGUUACUAAAGUACUUGUCCACGAGAAAUAUGGAACAAAUCGCUAUGGGAUUCCUAUUAAUGAUGUAGCAUUACUCAAAGUAGAACCAGAAUUCACAAUGGAUGAAGUCCAUCAAGCAAUUGACCUUUUUGAUUUUCAAGAAGAAGCUGUUGUAGGCGUUCAUUCGGUCAUCACUGGUUGGGGUGCUGUAUGGGAAGGUGGUUCAACUACUGAAGUUUUGAACAAAGUCAAAGUGCCAAUCAUUUCCAAAAAGAAAUGCAAUGAUGCUUAUAUCAGUUAUGGUGGAGUUCCAAAAGGACAAAUUUGUGCAGCAUACCCAGAAGGUGGAAAAGAUGCUUGCCAAGGUGAUUCUGGUGGCCCAUUAACAAUUGAUGGACGUCUUGCGGGAAUUGUUUCUUGGGGCAAUGGUUGUGCUCGACCUGGAUAUCCAGGAGUCUACACUGAAGUCGCCAGUUAUCGUGAUUGGAUUGACAUGAAGAUGAUCAUGUACUCAUAAAAUUUUAUGACCAUUGAUUGGUUUAAUGUUACAAAACAUUAAAUGUGAAAAUGAUUAACAUCUAUUUGAUUACUUAAAAAUCAUUCUUGAAUGAUGAAUAAAAUUAUGCUCUAAAUAUA